GACAGGAAACAGGCUUUGUUUGUUGAAGUAUGUAACACUUGUUAUUCUAGUGAAGUGAUUUUUGUAUCCCAUGCCAAUAAACUUUACGUAGGAGCAGCAACUACUGACCAUUUUACUAAAUAAAACUGGGCAAGAUAUAUCUAAUUACUGCUUUGUUAACAUACUCACUUCAAGUAGAAAGAGCUGAAAAUUCUGCUGGGAAUAGUAGCCAGAAUUCUGCUGUUACAUUGUCUAAAUGUCCAAGUAUCUAGUACACGUAUGACUGUAUUUGAUGAGGAAGUGCGAGAGAAUGUCGUCGAUGAGUGAGCUAAUGUUUUCUUCAAUCUGAUGCAUCUGCUGCCAUUUUCGGAGCUAAUGUUUUCAUUUUGGAUUUCAAGCUACAAGGAGGAGAAUGAAAAGUGAACUGGACCUGUGGUUCUGACUUUUAGUUUGGAGCUUCUUAGCAUAUAUGGGGGCUUUUUCUUUUUCUUUUUUUUUUUCAGGGUGACACAAAUGUAAAUAUGUAAUGUAAUAGUAGUAUUUGUUCCUUAUUUUUUUUUAUUAAAUAAAUAAAUAAAUAAUCUGAAGUAAAACAAAGUAAUUAGGAGUAGUUGUGAGAGCAACUUAGUAAUGAGGUGGUGGCUUUCAUGUAUUUUGAACACGUCUAGCUCCUUUGUUUCAAAGUUGUCGUCCUUCCAAUUUUAGCUGGCAAUUUUAUUUCUAAUUCAGUCUUCUUCAUUGGACUUGCUAUUUCAUGUUUCAAUUAUCCAAUGUUGUACUAAUUGAUUACAAAUUUUUUAUUUUAUUUUAUUAGAGUAACAUUGGAAAAACAAAUUUAAUAUGAAUGAGAGUUGAGCUUCAGCACUAUGCUAUAUCGUGGUGUUGUAGCUCAAUUUCUUUACCUACCUAAACAUUAAUCAUUUACUAAUUCUUUGAAUAAUUCACUUACAAAGAAAAAAAAAAUAAAAGAAUAAAAAAUGGUUUAUAAGUUGGUAACAUGGUAGCCCACUAAAAGUAUGAAAGCUUACAAUUUCUUAUAUAUAUAUGAGAUAAUGUCUCCUUAAUCUCUGUCAUUUUAAAUUUUGAUUAAGAUUUAAGAAUAGUUUAUACUACAAUUUCAUACAAUAAAGCAGGUAUUAGAAGAAAGAUUAAUCAUAAAUAGACCUCAAUUUAAUUUGGUUUAGAACAAAAAGAAAGCAUAGCAACAAGAAAACAAAAUGAUUGAAAAGGAGAUUAAGAAAAUUGUGGAGAGCAAAUUAACGGCUGUUGCUACACCAUCUUCAUCAUCAUCAUCAUCCGGCAUCACCGAGGAGAUAUCAAAGGCUACUACUCCUCCCUCGGCCCCGGCAACUACCGAGACUAUAGUUCCCGUAGUUGAAAAAUUAACAGAAGCUGAAGAGGCUGAAUCUCAAAGAAGUAGACAAUCAUCUGACAGGGAUAUUGCACUAGCACAUGUUGAGCAGGAAAAGAGGUUGUCUUUUAUUAAGGCAUGGGAAGAAAGUGAGCAAUCUAAAACAGUCAACAAGGCUGAGAAGCAGAUUUCUGCUCUCAACGCUUGGGAGAACAGAAAGAAAGCAUCCAUCGACGCUAAGCUGAAGUAUAUCGAGGAAGAGCUUGAAAAGAAGAAGGCCGAGUAUGCAGAAAAGAUGAAGAACAUGGUAGCUUUAGUCCACAAGCAAACAGAAGAGAAGAGGGCAAUAGUUCAAGCAAGAAAAGGCGAGGAGCUCCUCAUGAUCCAGGAGAAGGCUGCAAAAUACCGAGCCACAGGAUAUACCCCAAAGAAGAUCCUUGGUUGCAUCUCAUUUUAGAUCAUCCACAGCAGAGAUAGUUACCCCAGGUUAAUGCAGUUUUCAAGUGUAGCAGUGCACUAGAUUGCGUUAGUUAAGAUUGUUGUUGCGCGUAAACAACUUGUGUGAGAGAUCAGUGUAAUAGCUGUAAUUGAUGAUGAUCUAUUUGCCAAUAGGGAAAUUCAGGUUGGAUAUGAAUUUUUUUGGUUGGUUUUGGCCUUGAAUUCAGAAUCAGAUAGUCAA